AAAUUAUUACGAUGAAAUUAAUGAAACCCAGUGCUUUAAGCUUGGCUUAGUAUUUUAAAAAGUUGCCUUUACUUGCAUUUACAAGUAAUUGAGGCUAAAAAGCCAGUCAACCUGUGUCGCCUCCACCUCUAGAAUUUUUUGAGCUUAAAAAUGAACGUUUGACUUGGCUCGUAUUUACAUUGUGUGUUCUAUUGCCGCUUCUAUUUAUUUAAUUAGUGUUUUUCGUGUUGCUUUGGCGUCAAAUUUAUCUUCAUUAAAUAUGCAUACAAUUUCACGUUUCAGUGGUUUUACGAAUUGUUUUUAAUAGUGGAGUGAAUAAACAAGGAAAUAAUAACUUUAACCUGUAAUUAGUAAUGUGCGGUUAUCGAUGGCAAUAAACAAUGGCAUUUUUGUAUAAAAUACGGACAACUCAAGGUCUGCGGGCGAACGAAAUUGGAGCAUUUAGAUGCAGUUGAAAUUUUCCCACAAAUGGGUCGGGUGCAUUUGGAGACCGAAGAGAACGGUUGAGCAGUCGAGAUAAUAAGUUUCGUUUACUCAGGUUUUAUGACUUCCAAGCUCAAGAAGGCAAAUAAUUAUGUUUUGUUCGUUUGUUUAAUAAUUUUACGAUGAUUGUUUGGUCGGGUUUAAAAAUGAAUCGUCCGGAAAUUCCUCACGGCGGUCAUUGCGUCAGCCAGAACCAUCCCGACUUUCUACACAUUGGGGAAAUUCAAAAACUGAUAUAUUUGCACAGGUUUCCUACCGGUUGUUACGCAAUUUGUUAUUAAAAAGAGAAAUGUUGCUGAUUAGUUGCUGUGCAGAAUUACAAUGGAUCGGUUGUGUGCCGAGUUUUGAUUCUUCAUUUGCAGAUUUUCGGGUAGACAAUGAUAGAAACAUGGAAGAAAAACUGUUCUUUGAAACAACUAUCGCUCGAACACGACGAGCCAAUCACAUUUGUUGUUUCCCAAUGGCAAAGAGAGCCAAAGCCCAGCGUUGUGUAUCUGGUCUAUCGCUGGAUCGUCGCGCUUUUCUUCUUCAUCACUUUCGUGCUCUCCAUUUGGGACUUUAAGCACCCCGACGCGGAUUCUUCCUUCAAAGCCAAAUGGUUGAUUUACUUGACAAAUUGGGGUUACACCACUUGCACGUUACAAUCUCUGAUAAGUGCUAUCAUCCUGUCAAUUUGCGUGUUGGCGCCUCGCUUGCGAAGCCGUCCCAACCUGCAAUCUUCAACCCUGAAAUUUUACAAGCUCUACUGGGUGUUGAACGUGAUUGCUACUGACAUCGCAUUUGGGAUAACUAUACUGUACUGGUCUUUAAUUUACGAUGAAAAAGUCAUGGACUUCGACGCGAUGAAUUUUUUUGUUCACGCUAAUAAUUCCGUGUUGAUGAUGAUAGAUCUGUUUGUUGUGGCGCAUCCGAUUCGGCUGCUUCACUGCUGCUACCCUGUCGUGUUUGGAAUAUGUUACGCAGUAUUUAGUGUCAUUUUUUACGCAGCAGGAGGCAUCAGCAGGGAGGGACAAGUUUAUAUCUACAACAUCCUAGACUGGCGAAAACCGGGAACUACGACAGUGAUUUGUCUCGCUGUCCUCGCGUUUAUUGUUAUUGUGCAUAUUUCUUGUUGGGGAUUGCAUAAAUUUAGAAUAUGGACGCAUUCAAAAUGUCUUCCGGAAGCUGGAGCCGACUGUAAUGGUCUCAACAAAGAAGAAAAAGACACGAAGGGAGCUUAUGUUAAUGAAGGAAUUGCAAACGACAUGGUCUAAGUCAUCUAGUGAUUAUCAGUUCCUCACAUACGUUAAAUGAGAAUAUAGCACUGCAUUAGAAACCUUACCUGAGAUAAUUAAUAUACGUAAGAUAUUUUGUACGUAAUGUAAUAGUUGAAAAUAAAUUGAUUUAUUGCGAA